UCGUGUGCGAAGCUGAUGUACAGGAAUAUAUUGGUCGAUGGAUCGUCCAGCACGCAAAUAUUUAUGGGUCAAACGUCACCCUCAGGUUGCAGCAUGCAAUUAAUGAAACGAUUAUCGUAGCGCUCAGGCCUCUAUGUAUAUGUACAUCUCCUGCUGUCACCCGUCCCAAUUAACGUAUGGCAGUCGAAACUAAACCUCAAACACUUUUUACGGAACCACGGGCUGCCCAAGAGCACAAAGGGGGGUCAGAGGAACUGGAAGUUGAAUACCCAGUCUCCAAGCACUCCGCCCUUCUUUCAGAUUUGCAAGAAUUUCCAGAAGGUGGUCUUGCGGCUUGGUCCACUGCUUUUGGAUCGUUUCUUAUACUGUUCUGUGGUUGGGGUUAUACGACUUCAUUUGGUGUCUACCAAGACUUCUACACUCAGUAUUACCUCACAAAUGAGACAUCAUUUACUAUUUCAUGUAUCGGGAGCUUCAAUGCGUUUUUAGGCACCGCUGUAAGCCUUAUAGCAGGCUCACUAUAUGAUCGGGGUUAUUUCUACCAUCUCGUCAUUACCGGAUCGCUUCUGCAGAGUCUAUCUCUCUUCACGCUAUCAUUUGCGAAGCCCGAUCAAUACUACCAGAUACUCCUUACUCAAGGCUUAGGCUCGGGUAUUGCGUUGGGGCUUCUGUACGUCCCAAGCCUGGCUGUCGUCUCGCAUUAUUUCAGACGGAAGCGCACGCUGGUUAUGACGUUCGCCACCUUGGGCUCAUCGUUGGGUGCAAUCGUCCAUCCGAUUAUGCUCAAUAACCUCCUGAAUGGUCACCUUGGAUUUGCCAAUGGCGUGCGUGCAAGUGCAGGGUUGGUUAGCGCGCUCCUUUUGAUUGCAUGCUUGUGUAUGCGCACUCGCCUUGAUCCUCCUGCAACACCGGUGAACUACAUCGCGGCGGCUAGAAGAUGUCUUCGUGAUGUUCCAUUCAUUUUCAUGGUAGCAGGGGCAUUUCUUUUCCAGAUUGGCUUCUACUACCCGCUAUUCUUUCUUCAACUCGACUCUAUCAAGCAUGAUAACAGCAUCAUAUUUUCGUUCUACUCACUUGUGAUUUUAAAUGCGUGCAGUUCUGUGGGACGAGUUACAUCAGGGUACAUCGCCGCAUUUACCGGAGUACCAAACUUAACCGUGAUUGCGGCAAUUUCGUGCGGAUCGCUAAUUUUGGGCACCAUUGGAUUUAUAGGGUCAAAACAGAAAUAGGUUUCAAACUUGUAAAAAAAUAUCUUUUGGUGGGC